GUUGCAAUGUACAACUGAAAACAGAUUGAAUGUUACAUUGACCAAAAUUGAAUUAUGUUAUACCUUUAGUUAUUGUAAAUUUAAUAAAAUGUAACCCCCUUUCAUCCUGAUUUUACAUGAACUUCCCUCAAGAGUAGAUUUGGUGUUACACUUGAUCAUCCUGGAAACUCAUCGAUAAUCGGGUGAACGCUGUCCUGCUGUAAGCAGUCUGCUAUUGCAGUGGUGUGGGUUAUUAGCAGUCAUGGCGGACGAAGAGUCGAAUGUGAACGACGAUGGCUCGGGAGAUUUGAAUACCGUCUUCGGUCUGAGACUUCGAGGCAGAAAGGGAGCCCUGAAAAAGAAAAAUGUGUACAACGUGAAGGACCAUAAAUUCAUCCCACGUUUCUUCAAGCAGCCUACAUUCUGCAGCCACUGCAAAGACUUCAUAUGGGGUUUCGGGAAGCAAGGAUUCCAGUGUCAAGUAUGCAGUUUCGUGGUCCACAAGCGAUGCCACGAGUACGUCUCCUUCACAUGCCCCGGCGCGGACAAAGGGGCCGAUUCUGACGACUCGCGGACCAAACACCGGUUCAAGGUCCAUACAUACAGCAGUCCAACGUUUUGCGACCACUGUGGGUCCCUGCUGUACGGUGUCAUCCAUCAGGGCAUGCAGUGUGAAGCAUGUGACAUGAACGUUCACAAGAGAUGUGUCGAGACGGUGCCCAACCUGUGUGGCUGCGACCAUACCGAACGGAGAGGCCGCAUUGAGCUGAAGAUCGUGUGCGCCGGCAGCAAACUCACCGUUGAAGUCCGCCAGGGAAGGAACCUGAUCCCAAUGGAUCCGAACGGCUCAUCGGACCCCUACGUGAAGCUGAAGCUGAUCCCCGACUCGGACAACGUUAAGAAGAAAACGAAGACUAUCAGAUCGUCUCUGAACCCCGUCUGGAACGAGACCCUGACUUUCGAACUGAAAGCAGAAGAUAAGGACCGACGAUUGUUGAUUGAAGUGUGGGAUUGGGACCGCACAUCUCGUAAUGACUUCAUGGGCUCACUGUCAUUUGGCAUCUCGGAGCUAAUCAAAGCACCUGUCGAAGGCUGGUACAAGCUGCUGACUCAGGAAGAAGGGGAGUUCUACAAUGUCCCGGUGCCAGAAGAAGGUGCUGACCUUGCAUCACUCAAGAACCAGAUGAGGUCAGGAACUUGCCCUGUUGGAAAUGGUUCAUAUCAGAAAACAUCAAUCACGAAGAAGGCUCCGCUUGUGUCAGACAAGGAUGUGCCACACAAUAUGGGCAAGAAGGAUGUCAUCCGUGCCUCAGACUUCAACUUCCUCAUGGUGCUGGGCAAGGGAAGCUUUGGAAAGGUGAUGCUUGCUGAGAGAAAAGGAACAGAUGAACUCUAUGCCAUCAAGAUCCUUAAGAAGGACAUAAUCAUCCAGGAUGAUGAUGUCGAGUGUACUAUGGUGGAGAAGAGGGUGCUUGCCCUCUCGGGGAAACCACCCUUUCUUGUUCAGCUUCAUUCAUGCUUCCAGACCAUGGACCGACUCUACUUUGUGAUGGAGUAUGUAAAUGGUGGGGACCUUAUGUUCCAAAUCCAACAGUGUGGCAAAUUCAAGGAGCCAGUAGCAGUGUUUUAUGCUGCUGAGAUUGCGAUCGGGCUGUUCUACCUACAUGCACGAGGGAUCGUUUACAGAGACUUGAAACUGGACAAUGUAUUGUUGGAUCAAGAUGGACAUAUUAAAAUAGCAGACUUUGGGAUGUGCAAGGAAGGCAUCUCUGGUGAUAAAACAACCAAGACGUUCUGCGGGACACCAGACUACAUCGCUCCUGAGAUAAUUCUGUAUCAACCAUAUGGCAAAUCUGUAGACUGGUGGGCGUAUGGUGUAUUGCUGUAUGAAAUGCUGGUGGGGCAGCCUCCAUUUGAUGGUGAAGAUGAAGAAGAGCUGUUUGCAGCGAUCACAGAUCACAAUGUGUCGUACCCAAAGAGUCUGUCCAAGGAAGCUAAGGAGUCCUGCAAAGGAUUUCUGACAAAGAAUCCAACCAAACGCCUGGGCUGUGGUUCCCGAGGUGAAGAAGAUGUUCGAGGUCAUGCCUUUUUCAGGCGGAUUGACUGGGAGAAAAUUGAGAACAGAGAAGUCCAGCCACCUUUCAAACCCAAAAUUAAACAUCGCAAGGACGUGAGCAACUUUGACAAACAGUUCACUUCUGAGAAGACAGAUCUUACACCAACAGAUAAACUGUUCAUGAUGAACCUGGACCAAACAGAGUUUAUGGGAUUUUCAUUCCUCAAUCCAGAGUUUGUUCAGCAUGUGUAGCUGUAGUCUAGCAUGAUGGUGUAGGACAAAGAGAAUGAAGAUCAGUAGCAAGAUGAUGAUUUGUUCAAUUAGACUGAUUUUGGAGAACACACUACCUGUGUUCAAGUGUAUUACUAUGGUAACAGAUAAGCUGUUAGUAUUUUUACUUGAGUUAAGACGUUGUUCACACCGUGGUAUGAAAAGAGACACCUGACAGUAAUCACUGGUGCUUUGACUGCGGAAGUUUGAAGACUGUGGUUUCCUGCUGCUGGAAGACAGGAGAGUGAUAUUUGAGGUGAUGAACUUGUGUACUGUCUGUUGCCCCUCUGCUUUAGGUGGUGUAAUUGAUCGUGUAGCCAAUUAAGUGUCCUCAUUAUCCACAUUUUCAUGGAAACAUAAAGACUUUCACCAAUCUUAAAAGGUAUCUGUAUUUUCUUGUUAUUUUGUUAAACUUUGUGCCUCCCAAUUGACAUGAUGAAUAUGCUUAAUUCUCUCUUCACCAGUAGCCUAUCUGUCCUUUCUCUGAGACAUCAGACGCUGUGAUUUAUAUGUAUUUUGUUGACACUGGAACGUUUGGGUGCCAGCACCACAUUGUAAGAUUAUAUUGGUGCUGGAACCUGUUGGUGCCAGUGCCACAUUGGAUGAUUCUGUUGGUGCUGGAACAUGUGUGCCAGCGCCAUAUUACGGGUUCUGUUGAUGCUGGAACCUAUUGGUGCCAGUGCCACAUUGUAUGAUUCUGUUGGUGCUGGAACCUGUUGGUGCCAGUGCCACACUGUAUGUUUGUGUUGUUGCUGAAACAUAUGAGUGCCAGGGCCAUAUUGUAUGUAUGCUGGUACUGGAACAUAUAGGUGCCAGUGCCACAUUAUGCGUUCUGUUGCUGCUGGAACCUGUUGGUGCCAGUACCACAUUGUAGUUGUUGACAGUGGAAUGUGUUGGUACCAGUGCCACAUAUAUGCAUUUAAAGUGCAUAGGACUUUGCAAAAGGGAUGUACAUGAUACAUAAACUGCUCUGAAAGUGUUCAUAUUUAAAUAACAGUAGCAAUGUUCCAUAGAUAAAGAAACUUGUAUGCUAAUAUAGGCUAUGCUCCAGAAUGAAUACAGUCAUUACUCUAUACUGUCUACUUUCUUAGUCAGGAUUUCUGAUGUCUUAUUUUCCUUCCAAAAUGUAUUUUCUCAGAUAUAUUAUCAGAGUUUUCCUGUUCAGAACGAGGGCAUACAUUUGUAUUUAAUCAUAUUUUUAGUAGGAAUGAACAGUGUAUCGUCUUAGAUUGGUAUUUACUUCUUGACAUAGGUUUUACUUCCUUUCCAACACAUCAGAACUUUAUUUAGAUGUGCCAGACUGUUACAUCAGAAACUAUAGAACGCAGCACAUAGAGGUUCAUAUGAACUUAUAUGCCCUAAUGACAUGUAGGGGAUUGAAGUAUUCCAUUCUCGAUGGAAUUUAUGAUGUCUUCGCCAUUGAAUUACACUGAGAUGAACUCACAUGUGAUGCAGAAGUAAGAUUCAGUUAUCUGCCAUGUUUUGAAAUAUUGCAUUUUAGAAUAAAAUCCAGCUGGACCACACCUUGUAGGUAUUUUUUUAAACAAGUUUUCUGGAACUUGAGUUGGGAUUCAGUAGUGCCAUGUUGUACAUGUGUUAUUCUGUGCACAUUAUCUCUGCAUACAUUAAAGUGUAAUGGUGCUGCAUGGGAGUGGGAGUGCACAGGUGAUUGGUACAGGUCAAUCUGCUAAUAGAAGUAUUUGUCAACAGUUAUGAUAGUUUCAUGAAGAAUGCUUGUUUAGGAAACCUGUACUUCAUAUUAUUAAAUUGUGGGUGGACAGAGUGGGAAAUAAGCAUCUUUCUUUUUUCUGUGGAUACUUGUUUAUUGAUAUAUAGAUUUAUGGCUUGCAGGACUCCCUGGAUAUUAAGAUUAUAGUCUUUUGGAAUGUGAUGCUGUGUAGAAUGUACAGUUUCAGACAAGCCUGGUGUCCUUACCUCCAUGAUGGACAGCAGGCUCCCCCAGGCCAUUUGGUACAAGUGUACCAGUCUGUAUAGUGUUACGUCUCUGAAGACCAUAGCCUUAAUAUUCACUGUCAUAAGAGCCUCAGGACUCAUGUGUAGUUCUAUAGAUUGUCCAGAAAAUAAAUACCGUUUGGCGAUUAAAGGAAAUAAAUGAAUAAAAGUAAAGAGUUAUGUUUUGCAUCACUACUACAGACCUUAGGUCAUUUUUCUACAUAAUCCCCAUUAAGGCAAUUGUAUCAUGUAAUGAGUUUCUGUACGAGUAUGUCUGCAUCGCAGAAAUCUGCUGCAAGUCCACUGAACCAGUUUUUAACGGUCUUCUUCACUUCUUCAUCUCUACCUAUAUGCAUGCCACUGAAAAACUGCUUCAAGUGUGUGAACGAGGGCAAAUCACUUGGCGCCAUGUCUGGACUAUAGGGAGGAUGGAAAAUAAUGUCCCCAGCAAAGUCAGAAAGUAGCUCACAUGUGCUAACUGUCUUUACUUUCUGGAUGACCCUCAUAUAUAUUUAUGUUACUGAUGACCUGUGCUAAUAUUCCAAGUAAUUGUUCGCCGUGAGAUUUCAUUUUAUCACUCACUGAUGUCCUCUUGGAAAACUUAGUUAAAGUGAUCAUUUGUAUACCAUUCACUGAAUUUCCUGUGCAUGACUGUUUUCUGUGAAUCAAAUGAAACAUGUUAUAUAUUAACUUGCAUUAAACAGAAUAUCACUGUAACUCCAACCCUAUGAGGUAUGUGUCAUGCAAGUGAGACAGAGAGGGAGAUGUGAUUCUGUCUGAAGCGUUGAUUAUGUUACUCACUCUGGAAAAGUAACUAACCGUGAUGCCAUACAAUUCUUCAGGUAGCUGUUCCGGUUCUCCUGGUACAGGUUCAUUAUGUAAAUAAAUUUGUAACAGCUUAAUGAAUACAUUAGUUCAUUUCCACAAAACAUGUGAUGAAAUGUAAAAUGUUUUGCAGUUGACAGUGUAGUACCCCCUACUUCCACAUUACUGAUCACAGUAACUUAGCUUAACUACCACCAUUCCCCUGCCUCCCAUCAUCUAGGUUUUAGAGCCAGAGAAAGGAUAACUGGACAGUGUGCACUGGAGAGUUUUUUGGAGGAAUGUAAAUUGUUUAAAAACACUUAUUAUUCGUAACUAUUGAUGGAGAUCAAUUUAAAAUUAAAAGGGACAGUGAGGAUGUCUGCAUUACUUCAGAGGUUCCCAAAAUUUAUGGACUACUGAUCACUUCCUGUAUGGAUUUUCUUCAAUGGACUGCCUUAAAAUUAAAUAACAUAUUAUUUAAGAAUUUUGAAUGGAAUGGAAGUGAAAUUUAGUCAACAUUUACGCCCCUGUGACUUAUAAAAUUAACAUAAUAUAAAGAUUUUACCAUGAAAUUACAUGUUCAUUUGUGAUUAAAUAAUAAAUAUCAGCUCAACAUGCAUUCAGUGUGAUGGGUGAGCUUAUUUACUUUUUAUGAGAUGAUGAAUAUAUGGUUUAAUAUUCGUAAACUUCAGUCUCAAGCUUGAAGAAACAUCAAGUCUGUUGUGAUACUUGUUUUUAAUGGGAACUGGAGAAGAAAAUCUUGUUUCACUGCUUCAUCACAUAGCAAAGGAUGUUCCUUACAAAUAGACAAAAAGUUUAUAAGUAAGUGUCUUGCAUAUUUGUAGGAGUAUGUAUAGGUCAUAAUCAUCAACAAAUGGAUCUUGAAUUCACAGAGACCUUUAGAAAAUAUUCAGUUACAGUACAUUUUCACUUUUCUUUGAUAUGCUUAGGGUGGCUGCAAAGAAUGUUGAUUACAUCAUGAGAUGAUAUAUCGUUUCCUAUGACGAAUGGCUGAAAUGUUUGCAAACAGUUGUAAUUCCUGAUUCAUAAGUUUUAUUCCCACAUAUCCAGCUUGUAAGUGAGUGCAGAAAUUUUAUCAUUAAGCAGAAAGGAUUGUAAUUGUAAUUCCUCAUAAAUUUAGA